GUGAGUACGGCCCCACACACAUACUUUAUUAUACCAUGUAGAUAUUCUAAUGACUGAUCGUCUUUCUCUUACAGAUGUGGAUAUGGAACUUGGAUACGCAGGAGCAACAACGAGGAGGAAACACAAGAGGAAAGUGCUAUUUCCUAAGGAAGUCCAGUCAAGACGCAUCAAGCUAUUACCCUUAAUCCCUUCGGGGCUUGUUCACUUAAUUCAGCUACAGAGCAGAAGACCGUUAAGAAGCAGAGAAACAAACACACCUACUUGAACGCCCCAGGAGCUCGACACAAGCAAGCACCAAUGGAGUACACCAGGCGGAUACAUUCCUUUGGGUGACAUGUUGUGGAAAUAAAGCUUCUGGGACUUAGAAGAGGAAACCACAGGUGAAAGCCAUGGGGUGUGGUGUCACAAAAAACAGUGCAUUCAAUAAAAGAUAUGACAAAGCAAUGAAAGCAGCGGUGAUAAUCCAGCGCUGGUACAGACAGUAUGUGGCCCGCAUGGAAGUAAGACGCAGAUACACCUGGAACAUCUUCCAGUCCAUGGAGUACGCAGACCUACAAGACCAGAUCAAAUUAUACAAUUUUCUUGGUUACCUGAUGGAUAACUUCACUCCAUCCAGCAGUGAACGAAAUCUGAUCUCACAUAUCUUUAGAGAAAACGAGGUUUGCCGAGAUGCAGAGUGGGAGAGAUAUUUCAACUACACCAAUAUUGAUGUGCCAGACAUCUACUCUGGCCCACGGCUAACUUUUCCUUUAGAUAUGGAUCAGGCUGCUGAUCUUGUAGAGGCCUUCAAAAACAAACAACAGCUUCACUCUCGUUACGUUCUUCAGCUUCUUCUGGAAACGUGGAAGCUACUCAGAGGGUUGCCAAAUAUCAACCGAGUCUCUACAUGCCAUAGCAAAGAAAUAACUGUUUGUGGUGAUUUACAUGGACAAUUAGAGGACUUGCUACUAAUAUUUUACAAGAAUGGAAUGCCGUCAAUGGAGAAACCCUACGUUUUCAAUGGAGACUAUGUGGACCGAGGCAAAGACUCCAUAGAGAUUCUGCUCAUAUUGUUUGCUUUCCUGCUUGUGUAUCCUGGAGAUGUUUAUCUUAAUCGAGGAAAUCAUGAAGACCACAUCAUUAAUUUGAGGUAUGGCUUCACCAAAGAAGUGCUGGGAAAAUACAAGUUGCAUGGAAAGCGUAUCCUCAAGUUGCUCCAGAAGAUCUUCAGCUGGUUGCCCUUAGUGACAGUAAUCGACCACCGGGUGCUGAUAGUCCAUGGAGGAAUCUCAGAUACCACUGAACUCGCUCUGAUAGCUCGAGUGGACAGACACAGAUAUGUGUCUGCUAUGAAGCCCCCGAAGAAGAAGACUCCAUCCCGCAAAAGUUUAUAUGCAGAUUCAGAGCUUUAUAAUGAGAUGAUCAUCUGUAAGAGCAGAAGGGGCUCAAUGACCUUUCCCAAACCGUUUGCUGCUCGGGACAGUUUCCAGAGACGCUCCCUUCAAGACUUCUCAAGGACUGUGUCUCGGACGGUUGAGGAAGAGUUCGAGGUCCGUCGUAGGCAAGCGCAGUUUAGCAUGUCCAGCUUCAGCCAGUCUCACCGCAUUCUGGGCACUGCUCCGUCCUGUGAGUCUGAGCCAGACUCAUCUGAGGUCAUCGACACCAGCGAUGAUGAUUGGAAACAGAUUUUGGACCUGCUGUGGAGUGACCCCAUGUCCCAGGACGGUUGUGUUCCCAAUGAGGUCCGUGGCGGAGGUUGUUACUGGGGUCCUGAUGUCACCGAGGACUUUCUGAACAGACACAAUCUCCAGCUCAUCAUCCGCUCACACGAGUGCAAGCAGGAUGGUUACGAGUUUUGCCACAAUCGUAAGGUCCUGACCCUUUUUUCAGCCUCUAACUACUAUGAGAUUGGCAGUAACAGAGGAGCCUUUGUCAGACUGGGUCCAGAUCUCGUGCCUUACUUUGUUCAGUAUCAGGCCACCAGUAUGAUCCGAGGACUGAGCUUUCCACAAAGUGUAAAACGCACAGAGCACACUGCUCUCAAAGUCCUACGAGAGCAACUGUUUGUGCACAAGUCAGAUCUUCUCAGUGCCUUUCAAGAGCUUGAUAAGGAGAACACAGGACUGAUCUGUUUGUCCGACUGGGCCAGUGCAAUCGAGCGAGUUCUUCACCUGGAUCUGCCCUGGAGAGUUCUUCAGCCUCAGCUAGUGUCCAGCACCACUGAUGGGAUGCUGGACUACCACGGCUGGUUCCGGGAUCUCGCCCUAAAAAAUCCCAGCUCUGAGCACAUUGAGCAGAGUAUGCUGGAGACACUGUAUAAACAUCGCUCCACCCUGGAGACCAUUUUCAGAAUAGUGGACACAGAUAAUUCAGGUCUCAUCUCUUUUGAGGAUUUCCGUCAGACGUUGAAACUGCUCAGUGCCUAUCUGAAAAUGGAGAUCUCUGAUGAGGUCAUCAAUGAGCUCGUCAUCAGCACGGACACAAAUAAUGACGGUAGCAUUGACAUCGAUGAAUUCAUGGAGGCUUUUCGGCUGGUGGACAAAAGCAGACUUGAGAGAGGUGAAAGUCUAUUAAAGUUCAAGCAGGAAUUUCAGCGCCUUCCUCAGGAGGAAGAAACCUCACAAACUGCAGACUCUACAGGCCCACAGAUUUCACAAGGUCCAGGUACACACACUGAAGAUUGUUCAUCUUCACAGACUGAAGAUCUCUGUGACAUUUCUGUUGUUGUUCCACCACAAUAA